GCCCGCGCCGCCGCCGCCGCCGCCGCUGCUGCCACCGCCACCGCCGUUGGGCACCCGGCUCCCGUGCGGACACCCCCGCCGCGGCAGGUACCUUUGCUGAGAGGUGGCAGAGCAGCCUCAGGACACCACCAUGAUGGAGGAUCACGCACCUGGCCAGGAAAAACACUUCUCAUCAGGCUAUCCCCUUCAGAUACCAGUCGAUGAUGGAUCAGAUGAGCCUGUUUCUGAAACAUCCGACGCUAAGAGCACCCCAACUACGGAAGAUGCCACAGCACCUUUAGUGGAGGAAGGAGACCACGAGGAUCAGGGUGGUGUGGAACAGCACGGGGAGAUCCCAGAAGGAACCACAGCUGAAGAGGCGGGCGUAGGAGCCACUCCCAACCUGGAGGACCACGCUGCAGGAGAUGCCACCCAAGGCGAGCCGAGCUCUCCAAAGCUCCAGCCUGGCCCUCAGGAGCGUGUGGGAGAGGCAGCAAAAAGUGCCAGCCAGCCCCCAGAGCGGGCACUGGGGCUUCAGCAGCCGCCUCUGUCCCGUGAAGCGAAGGCUCCGGCAGCAGCUCCCACCAGAAUCCAGGUGACCAUCCCAAUCCCCCUGGACAUGUACCAAGGCUCCGCAGCGCCCGAAGGCAGCAGUGAGCUGUGGGAUCAGGGAGGCAGAGAAGGCGUCGGUGUGGAGCCGGAGCUGGGCCGUGGCGUGACUGAGGGUGCAGGUGGCACAGGGGACCGUAAAGAGGGAUCAUCUCCUUUGUGUGCCAGAGCCCCGUUAAAGGAAGAUUCCAGCGGACGGGAGAGAGAUGAGGACCGAGAUGUCGAUGAAACCUCUGCACAGGGUUUGCCUUCCCACGUGGAUCAGCGGGUUUCUCUGGGACCUGAGAAGUGUCCAGCAGCUGCCCAGGAGACUCGUGAAGAAUUUGAUGGAGAGAAGUCCAAAGGUGUCCUCAGAGACACCCCAGGAGAGGCACUUCUGGUGGAAGCUGAGUCACAUGGAGCAAGAGAGGACCGAGAGGAGCAGCAACAGCUGCUGGGGGGAGAAGGAGACGUCACCCUGUCAGAGCCUUCUGCAAGUGUCUCCCAAAAAGAGGCUGAGCCCAAGGAGGGAGAAGAUUCUGGGCCCGUGCUAGAGACAGCCAGACUCCCUGCUGAGGUAGAAGAUGGUGUGAAGGACAAAGAUGCUGCUUUGGAAGAGGUGCCGGGUGCAGGGGGCCGCCGCACGCCCAGGAGGAAGCCCGCUGGCCCGGCUGCAGACAGGGCCAGUCGUGUCCCUCUGCUGAAAGGUCGUGUUGACAAGGAAGGGACCGAAGCUGAUGAAAAGAAACCCAAGAAAUGCUCACCUUGCCCUGCCAAACCCCCCGGCUCCGUGUCCCCCCUCCGACACACAGCCCCUCCGAAAGCACCCUCCAGCCCUGCCUCUGCCUCCAAAGCAGCCUCUCCUGCCGGCACAGGAAUGCAGGAAGCAAAGGCCAAGGGCCCGGAGGCGAGGGCUGGCUCCAAGACGGGCUCGGCGCGCGCGGGGCAGGCGCAGAGGAACUCCACCAACGCCACCCGCAUCCCGGCCAAGACCCCCACGGCCCCCAAGACCCCUCCCAGCUCCGGCAGAAAGGAGCAGAAAAAACCACCUCCUGCAGCAGCAAAGACUGAGAAAGGUGAGCAGCCCAAGUCCGGAGACAGAAGCGGUUACAGCAGUCCCGGCUCCCCCGGGACUCCGGGCAGCCGUUCCCGCACCCCCUCUCUGCCCACCCCACCAGCCAGGGAGCCCAAGAAGGUGGCAGUGGUUCGCACCCCACCGAAAUCUCCCGCCUCCGCCAAGACCCGCGUCCAGCCCUCGGCCGCGCCCAUGCCCGACCUGAAAAACGUCAAGUCCAAAAUCGGCUCCACUGAUAACCUGAAGCACCAGCCCGGAGGUGGCAAGGUGCAGAUAAUUAAUAAGAAGCUGGACUUUAGCAGCGUUCAAUCCAAGUGUGGCUCAAAGGAUAAUAUCAAACACAUCCCGGGCGGAGGCAGUGUGCAGAUAAUUAAUAAGAAGCUGGACUUUAGCAGCGUUCAAUCCAGGUGUGGCUCAAAGGAUAAUAUCAAACACAUCCCGGGCGGAGGCAGUGUGCAAAUCGUUUACAAGCCCGUCGACCUGAGCCACGUGACAUCCAAAUGUGGUUCCCUGGGCAACAUCCAUCACAAACCAGGUGGUGGCCAGGUGGAGGUGAAAUCUGAGAAACUGGACUUCAAAGAUAAGGUGCAGUCGAAAAUCGGGUCCCUAGAUAACAUCAGCCACGUCCCUGGAGGAGGCAAUAAAAAGAUUGAGACUCACAAGCUGACCUUCCGCGAGAACGCCAAAGCCAAGACCGACCACGGCGCCGAAAUCGUCUACAAGUCCCCCACCAUCUCCGGAGAUGCCUCCCCGCGCCGCCUUAGCAACGUCUCCUCCACCGGCAGCAUCAACCUGGUGGACUCCCCCCAGCUGGCCACGCUAGCCGACGAGGUGUCCGCCUCGCUGGCCAAGCAGGGCUUGUGAUCGCGGCACGGCGGCCACCAGGAGAGAAGACAAGGAAAGGAAACGAAAAAAAGAAAAGAAACAAAAAUUAAUAAUCUGGCCUUCUUCCUCUGUUCCUUUUACAGCUGCUUCCCCGUCCCUAACUGGUUAAUGAUUUAACCUGCUUUUACUGUUCAUUCAGCUCUAGCUCCAGGACUUCAAAAUCAGUGACACUAUGAGGUACAAAACCUCCUCUCCCCCUGCUCCUCGGAGCGCACAGCCCGUCCCCGUCCCCCGCUCCUGCCGCGUCCCUCGCUGUCCCGGCCCCGCCCGGGGCCACCCGGGAAGCUGGGGAGGGGGCCCGAGGGGCGGCCGCAGCACGACGCUGACCCGAGCACCCCGCACCAGCACAGGGCAGCGGGUGGCCCUCCCGGGAAGGGGCCGUGACCUGGCCCAGCUCGUGCCCUGCCGCUGGCCGGGCUGGCCAGGGUCGCGGCGAGGUGCCCUCCGUCCCCGCGUUUAAUUUGCCUGCUGAUUUGGAAGGAAAACCUUUUGUUUUUAUUUCCGAAAGCCGAGAUGUGUAUGAAGAUAACGGCCAGGUACCCCCCUAACCCGCUCUCAGCUCCGGCAGCUGGAGUUCAGGCGACGCCGGGUGCCCGCCGCGAGGGGCCCCGGGCGGCCGUUCCCCUCUCCGUGGCUGUGCUGGAACCGCUGAGUGGAUGAGUAGAGGCUUUUCCCCAUCCCUUUGGCAGCCCCUCGUGUCGUAGAGUAGAUUUGUCUGUAUAUGCUUGGACCGUGCCAGGGUGAUUGUUUUCAUAAACGAGCAUGUGUUUAAAAAAAAAAAAAAGAAAUGCUGUUAAGUAGUUUGGAGCUGCCCCGCGCCGUGCCCGGCCCCGGUGCCGCAGGAGGAGCCCGGCACCGCAUGUCUGCCGGGGGGGCCGGGGCUGCCCCGGGAGCUUGGAUGAGGGGCGCUCACAGCUCCGGGGCUGGGAUGGCUCCUGGAUUUGGGCGCAGCUUGUGACAUUUUCGGGUUGUUCUUUUUCUUUCCCUGCAAGGUCAGCUCAGCGAUGGUGGAGGCGGCAGCUCCAUGGCUCUGCUGUGCCGGUGGCAGCGGUGAGACCCCGGGAGGACACGAGGGGGGCGCAGCAGCUCCCCCAGCCCGGCUGCUCCCUGGCACUGAAGCCCCUUUCCCCGGGUGUGAGUUGGCAGCGCCCCAGCACCACUCGGGGACGGGAGCCAGCCGAGCUCUUUCUUUGGCUGCUUUUGUUCCUGUGGCUCCCCGGGGGUCCCGUGGCUGUCCCCGCCUGCCCCUUCCCUCUGCAACCAAAGAGGCCGAGGUGCCGCCAGUGCAGCCCCGUGUGUGUCCCGCCCUGUCGCCCCAGCCGAGCUCUGGGGCUGCAGCUGGAGGUGGGAGGGCAGAGGGGCCCGGUGGGGCCGUGCUUUCCCAGCAAGGGCUGCAAUUCUGGUCUGACAAGGCUGGCGGGGGGUCAGGGCCCCUGGUUGUCCUUGGGGCGGUGGCUGGGUGCCACCAAAGCUGUCAGAGCAGCUGUUCGUGGGCAGAGCAGCGAUUCCUCCUGGGACAGGACCUGCUCCCAUGCUGCGGGAGCCGUGAACCCGCUGUCACCCCCGUCCCUCUGCGGGGCCGGGCUGCCGCAGGCCUGGCUGUGGAUGGGGAUGGUUUUGGGGGGGUCCAACCCUUCUCUCUGCAGCCCCAGGAGCUGCUUUAGUGCGGGGGAGAGGCUGGUCCAGCAGCACCACCAUGUCCAGCUUGUCACUCGCUCUGUUCACUUGACUCCAUGAUUGUAAGACUCUGUGCUCCGUCCCCGACUCUGUAGCGCUGUAGGAGCCGCCGCAGCUUUUGUCCUUUGUAGAACGAGCAGGUUGGGAGAGCCCUCAAAGCAUCACCUCCUUACCCCAUUUUGGGCUGCAGGAUGGGGUAGCUGAGCUCACCCCUGGCCCCUGAGGGACCCCAGCACCCAGGGCUGGGAUGUCCUUGGUGCGCCCCCAGCUCCAGUGAGCGGCCCCUUCCUACUCCGAGUGUCCCCAGCCCCUGCUGUCGUCCCCCCCGGGGGCUGUGGGGUGCCAGGACAGCCCUUUACAUCCACAGUGUCACCCGCUGUCCCCUCCAGCAGCCCGAGCCACGUCCCCUGCCCCAACCCUGCGUUCAGACCCAGGCCUGAGGGUCCCCGUGAGCAACCGGCCAAACCUGACCACGGCUUUUCCUUUACUCCACACACAUCUUGGGUCUGAAAAGGGUUUCAAACCGGCACUGAUUUCAAAACAAACAAACAAAACCAAUUCCUCUUUCCGCACUCCAAAAGCUUCUGCGUGUUAGCAAAGGUCGGUGCCAGCCCGUGUGGCGCUGGCAGCCCCGUGCCCCGCGCCGCGCCGGGGAGGGGAGGGAAGGUUUGAUCUCAGUGUAUCAUCCUAGCUUAGCUUCUGUCUGUGGGUGUCCAUAGUGUAUCGUGUGUUUAACAACUGGUUUACACUGUUGCCGUAAAAGUGAAUUUGGAAAUAAAGUCAUUACUACGAUAAUGAUAA